AUGUUGACUGUUCAACAACUCCAGCCAACUGUUAAGGAUAUAAAUCAACUUCUUAAGAACAAAGAUUAUGUGGGAUACCAACAGGGUUCGUUUGUUUUUGAACUUCUAAAGGGAAUGGGUUUUGAUGAGUCUAGACUUAAACAAUACAAUUCUCCAGAGGAAUGUGAUGAACUUUUCUCGCAAGGAAGUGGAAAUGGAGGCAUUUCUACGGCUUUCGAUGGGAUCCCAUAUAUAAAGCUUUUCCUUGCAAAAUACUGCUCAAAAUACACCAUGGUUGACCCAACAUACAGUCUGACUGGUGGCUUUGGCUUUGUCCGUAACCCCCUCUCUGUCUGUCUAUCUCCCUCGACCCCAGCAAAAACAAAAAAGGGUCACAUUUCAUUGUGCUGUGUUAUUUAUUUAUAUAUUUUUGACUUUCAGGCUUUCCCAAUAGGGUCACCUCUAGUACCUGAUGUCUCAAGAGCAAUAUUACAUGUGACAGAGGGCGAAAAGAUGGCAGAAAUCAAAAGAACAUGGUUUGGUGAAAAAACUGAAUGCCCAAAUUCUAGCACAUCACUUUCAUCCAACAGCAUUGGACUUGAGAGCUUUUGGGGACUUUUUUUAAUAGCUGGAAUAGCUGCAGUUUCAGCUCUUAUAAUCUAUAUCAUUAUGUUUCUACGUGAACACUGGAAUAUUUUACGAUGUUCUGAUUCCAAUUCCUCAAUACGGAGCAAACUUCUAGAGUUAUUUCGACAUUUUGACAAUAAAGAUCUUAGUUCUCAUACUUUCAGAAACACUGGACUGAGAGAAAGAAACAUCGGGUAUGGUGACUACAUGGAGAGAAGAGAGAAAGUCUCAUCCCACGGUAAUUGCUCACAAACUCCACAAAAAUUUUCAUUGAAUACUUCUCCACAUACCAAUCCACCAAGUCCAACUUUCUCAAAUGGCACAGAGCAAUAUUUAGAUUCUCCACGAGAUCAAAUGAAUACAACAGAGAAUGUGAUGAUAAAUUCUCAAUCAGCAGCAGCUCAUGUGAUUAAUCCAGAAAUUGAGCUUGUGAGUCCGAAUCAAGACUUGCAAAUGGCAGCAAGAUCCACAAAUGAAAUUCAUUAA